AAACGGAUCACAGUGGGUGCUGCACACUUGUUCAGAAAUUACACUUAAAAUCUUUUACCGGAAUGGCAGCGCUCCAGCUUCAGACGGUCAUCAUGGCUGGGAUGGUACUCAUGUCUUUGGGACCUUGUAUGGCCUUUCGGACGACAGGAAAUGUUGCUUUGAAUCGUGCGACCCACCAGUCUGUUGACUUGAGCAAAAACACGGCUUUCAAAGCUGUCGACGGAAACCGAGCAACAAAUUUAGCAAAUGAUUCCUGCACUUACAUUACUACAAAAAGAAACCCCUGGUGGAGAGUAACCCUGCCACAGCCGUACAAAAUUGUGAUGGUUUCUAUCACCAACCGGGGGGACUGUUGUGCUGAUAGAAUCAACGGAGCUGAGAUUCGUAUUGGGAACAGCCUCGUCAAUGACGGCAACCAGAAUCUGCUGGUUGCAAAAGUGUAUUCCAUGCAGCCUGGGAAAACACAGAAGUUCAAGUUCAGCCCCGUAGAGGGACAGUACGUAAAUGUGCUCCUACCAGGAGUGGACCGCAUUCUGACAUUAUGUGAAGUAGAGGUGUACGCAGUCUCUGAAGACAUGGUAGCAAUGAUGCAGUCCGAGAGGAUCAACGUGGCACCGAGUGGACGAGCCACCCAGUCCAGCGUGAAUCGAGGCGCUACAGCAUGCCUGAGUCUUGCACAAAAUGCCGUUGAUGGCAAUCGGCAGUAUGACCUAUUGAAAGGCUCUUGCUCUCAAACGGACACUGAAAGUAAUCCCUGGUGGAGAGUGGAUUUGAUGAAGGCGUAUAAAAUUGCAUCAGUGGCUCUUACAAACCGCGGGGACUGCUGCUCUGAACAGCUGAACGGAGUGGUGAUUCACAUCGGAGAUUCACUAGAGUCUGAGGGCCGUGCAAACCCUGUGUGUGUUAAAGUGUCCUUCAUCCCUGCGGGAGGGACAGCGACGUUCAGGUGUGGCGGUGUGCUUCCAGGCCGUUAUGUGACUCUGGCUCUCCCCGGCGAAAACAGGACUUUGUCCUUGUGUGAAGUGGAGGUGUUUGGGGUUCCAUUUGAGUAAUAUAGAUAAUUCUUCUUUUAAGCAGGCACAUUAAGCCUAUUUGGCUUAAUCGUUCUGAUAGUAUUUGUACCUACACCCUUACUAUCUAUAACGGUUACAAUUAUUUGCAUGAGGAACAAAACCCAUUGUCUUAAAGUUUAAAAAAUAACAUGAAAAUAAUUUCUCCCAGUUAAAUAUACACGAUAAUGUGAAUGUUAUGCCAUUUGUAUCAGAUUUGUGAAUAAAAAUUGCAUUCAUACCA